AUAUUAUCUCAAAAACGUGUACUAGUAUUUUUGUAACGUAGAUUGUAACUUUGAAGUCAUUUUGUUGUUUUCAAAAUUUGCGCUGAGCGAAGUGUAAAAAUUUACUUACCAAGUGGUUUUAUGUUCGAGCGACAACUGUUAGAGCAAGAAAAGAAAAGUGUCUAUAAGUUUGAUAGAUCAUUGUGACAUGGUGUCAUCACGGCUUCGUUAGCUCGGUUUCAAUUUGUUAUCUCUCUUGUAUUUUGCGCAUCUGAACAGCAGCUCAAACAUGGCAUCGACUGAAGUUCUGGUUACUCACCGUGACCCUCCACCCAUUGUGCUUUAUCCUAGAGAUUAUGCGACGGAGACUGGUUCUCUUAUUAACCCUCUGGAUUUGCCUCCGCCCCUGGGAGUUGAGUACUAUUAUAGACAGUAUAAAGAAAAAGACUACAUCAAUGGUAACUUCACCUCUCACUACAUGCACGACCCCGAUCAGCUACCACCCCGCAUAACAUGCUCGAACAUCAUGUACGAAAAGAUGCGACAACAGCAACAUGGGGAAGCGACGCCCACCAUCAUUCAGACCAGUCGGUUGCCGUGGGGCAGAGAAAGGAGUUAUGCUGGACUGAUGAGUGUGAACUUGCCGAGAGAUCAUCGGCCCAAAACAGAGCCCCCUGAGAGAGUGGAAAAGGGACACAAGCACUUCGGAUCAGGGGUCAACCCAUUUCCUCCAGGGUACCCCUUGGAACAGAACUACAAGAAUGCACCUCAUAUCCUUAGCAGUGUCAGGGCACACGAUGAACUAGUUCCUCGGCCAGAGAGAGUAGAUCUCAGAGGCCACGUGAUCAAGGAAUCGUUCCCAGCUGACCACCCCUACGCCAGCCACAUAUCCCGCGCAUCUGUGCUUCCAAGCUUCGACAAUCCCAGUGACCCACAGAAGGAGAGCCAGUGGCCAUCUGACCCCCCGCCGACAGUGGUGGUGAAGAAGACGUAUGGGAGUGACAGGAGACAUGAGUUGGUGCAGGACCAGAUGCCGAGUGAGAGGAAGACGAAGCCGUGGACCACCAACUACCACAACUACUACCAGGAAGCAAAGGGCGUUGCAACGACGGCUGGCGGGGAUGUUCGAAGGGUGUACCCGACUCCUUUGAAGGGAUUGCACCCCAACCUGCAGGACAGAGCCACUGAGUUGGCAGUGUCCCCUCGCACAGCUAAUGCUCUUCGCAAUUGCGAGAGGAACCUCAUGCGCACCUCCUACAACACACACUACACUGGGUAUGGGAACAUGAAUGCACUGAAGUUGGACAACUGGGAACAGUUCAAGGACCUCUACGCGCGCAACAGACACCAGACAUCUGUGCCACUAUCUGCUAGGAGUGAGCCCACUUUCAUCCCCCCUCGACCCCUGGAGGGUAGGGUGGCAAAACUGCUGUGGCAGCGGGGAUCCCUCAAUCAGCCAGAAAUGAAACAUUACACACAACACUGCGACGUCAUAGAUGCUAAUAAAGAUCUGGUGGAUGAUCACAAGGCCUACAAAUCCCUGCCGGAGGGAUACCAGGCGAAGCUGAAGAUGAUGCAUGCUGAGGCACAGAAACACGCAGAGUACGCUGUGGAGAAGCUAUGGGAGCGUAAGUUGACGGAUGAGGAGCAGAAGGAGCUGAUAGAGGAGAGAGUGAGGACGAUGGAGGAGGCGGGCACUCAGAACAGACAGUUUCUCUCUAAUCUGGGGGAGAGGCAGCAGCUCCAGUUGAGACAGCUGGAGGCAUUCAACCUGUGGAAGAAGGCCAAACUGCUGGAGCCAAGGGACCAGAUGAUACAGUACCGAACACAAAUGAACUACGUCAUUCCGGUGGAAAGACCCAACACUUACUUCGACCACUCCAGCAAGAUCAUAACAGCCCGUGCUCCCUUCAUAUUCGAGGGCGAGAACCCUUACAUAGCCGAGCCGACUAAACCGUAUACAUUGGCGGACGCCGAUGCGAGGGAGAACGAGCAGCCCAAGAAGAAACUAAGUCUCUCUGAUCCAUGUCCAAACAUCGAGUCGGAAGUACAGCCGCUUCAGCGAGAAGACGAACAGAGAGCCCAGUUCAAGGUCAACUCUCUCAACUUCCCCCAGUACCUGAGGGCAAAAACGGCGCCUGAGAUUAAUAUUCCGAUGGAGAUGAUGGGAGGCACUUUGACGAGAACUCUGGGCAGACCAUAUUCAAUUCAGAAACUGCAGACGGUCAGAGGUCGCCUGGAGCCAAAUGAGUUAAAACCGGAAGUGAGAACAACCAAUAAAACUGACGUGAUUGUGGAUGAGAAGCGGUUGGGAAAGGGGGUGAGGCCGACGUUUUACAACCACCCGGAGGAGAUGGUGGUCUGCAACACGAGUGAACUGGAUUCACACCACAUCUACAGACACAAUGACGCCAUAGAACACCACACACAGCAGAGGGCACUCAGCGCCAACGCUAACUCAACUGUAAAACAAGUGACCUUCAAACAGGACCUGGAGAGAGCCCCCCAGCAGCUGCAGUGCGCCGCUGACACCGAGAGACUUGGGGUGGGUGAUAAUGCCACUUGGCGACGGGACUACCACGCGGGAGUGAGUCAGAGCCAGUUCCACCCGAUGGCCAUGAAUGACGACGACAAGUAUAUGACCGGGGCAGAGGAGAGACCCAACUAUGGAUUGUAUGCCUCCAUCCCCAAACACAACGCAAGACUGCUGCAGACAAAGAAUGAGUUCAACAAGUCUGCAGUGCGCAAGGAGUUUCUGGACGCAUUCCCGGAAAAGGCGCCGGAUUUGCGGGACCACAUUAAUGACGGGAAGAAACACAAUUUCUUCGGAUACAAUGCUUACUACUUCCACUAACCUAAAUCAUGUCUCUUUAAAAUAAAAACAACGUGCUUUCAA